UGGAGAACAACAACAAAAAGAAUGAGUGCUCCUUUGGUAAACACUCCACAGGGUUUGUUAACCUUCAAUGAUGUGUCUUUGAACUUCUCACUGGAGGAAUGGGAAUGUCUCAAUUUUGGUCAACGGUCAUUGUACAUAGAUGUAAUGAUGGACAAUUUCAACAAUCUAUUGUUUUUGGAAAAUCAUCUCAUACAUGGAAGACAUCGGAAGGUCUUAGAUCAAGACACAGAGUGCAAUGUCCAUGAACAUGUGAAUAUGCAAGAGAAGUCUUAUAAAUGUAAUGAGCUCAGCAAAAUGAAUAAUGAAUCCACCCAAAGUAUACCUGAUAAAACUAACCACAGAGAUGCCUCACUUCAAUCCUCAAACCUGAAAAGACUUAAAAUUGGGAAAACCAGAGAAGUUUCCAAAUAUAAAGACUGUAUAAAGUACUUAAAUGAGUGCUCUAUAAAUAAUCUACAUCACGAAAUACACAUAGGGAAGAAAGAAAACAACAAUCCAGAUUUUCAUAAGGGUUUUGUAUCUAAACAUAAACUGAUGCUGAAACCAAACAAUAAUGGAGAGAAACCUUACAAAUGCAGUGAAUGUGACAAAUGCUUUACCCAAAAAGGCAGUCUGCAAUGUCAUCAGCGAAUUCAUACAGGAGAGAAACCUUACAAAUGCAGUGAAUGUGACAAAUGCUUUACUGGCAAAAGUAGUCUUAGAAUUCAUCAGAAAAUUCAUGCAGGUGAGAAACCUUACAAAUGCAGUGAAUGUGACAAAUGCUUUACCCAAAAAUGCAGUCUUGAUAGUCAUCAGCGAAUUCAUACUGGAGAGAAACCUUACAAAUGCAGUGAAUGUGACAAAUGCUUUACUGUCAAAAGUAGACUUAGAAUUCAUCAGAAAAUUCAUACAGGAGAGAAACCUUACAAAUGUAGUGAAUGUGACAAAUGCUUUACCCAAAAGUGCACUCUCCGUAGUCAUCAGAGAAUUCAUACAGGAGAGAAAUCUUACAAAUGCAGUGAAUGUGACAAAUGCUUUACCGGACAAUCCUAUCUUAGGAUUCAUCAGAGAAUUCAUACAGGAGAGAAACUUUACAAAUGCAGUGAAUGUGACAAAUGCUUUCCCGGACAAUCCUAUCUUAGGAUUCAUCAGAGAAUUCAUACAGGAGAGAAACCCUACAAAUGCAGUGAAUGUGACAAAUGCUUUACCGGGCAAUCCUAUCUUAGGAUUCAUCAGAGAAUUCAUAGAGGAGAGAAACCUUACAAAUGCAGUGAAUGUGACAAAUGCUUUACCGGACAAUCCUAUCUUAGGAUUCAUCAGAGAAUUCAUACAGGAGAGAAACCUUACAAAUGCAGUGAAUGUGACAAAUGUUUUACCCAAAAAUGCAGUCUUGAUAUUCAUCAGCGAAUUCAUACUCGAGAGAAACCUUACAAAUGCAGUGAAUGUGACAAAUGCUUUACCCAAAAAUGCAGUCUUGAUAGUCAUCAGAGAAUUCAUACUCGAGAGAAACCUUACAAAUGCAGUGAAUGUGACAAAUGCUUUACUGUCAAAAGUAGUCUUAGAAUUCAUCAGAAAAUUCAUGCAGGAGAGAAACCUUACAAAUGCAGUGAAUGUGACAAAUGCUUUACCCAAAAAUGCACUCUCCGUAGUCAUCAGAGAAUUCAUACAGGAGAGAAAUCUUACAAAUGCAGUGAAUGUGACAAAUGCUUUACUGGACAAUCCUAUCUUAGGAUUCAUCAGAGAAUUCAUACAGGAGAGAAACCUUACAAAUGCAGUGAAUGUGACAAAUGCUUUACCGGACAAUCCUAUCUUAGGAUUCAUCAGAGAAUUCAUACAGGAGAGAAACCUUACAAAUGCAGUGAAUGUGACAAAUGCUUUAUCGGACAAUCCUAUCUUAGGAUUCAUCAGCGAAUUCAUACUCGAGAGAAACCUUACAAAUGCAGAGUGAAACCUUACAAAUGCAGUGAAUGUGACAAAUGCUUUACCGGACAAUCCUAUCUUAGGAUUCAUCAGAGAAUUCAUACAGGAGAGAAACCUUACAAAUGCAGUGAAUGUGACAAAUGCUUUAUCGGACAAUUCUAUCUUAGGAUUCAUCAGCGAAUUCAUACUCGAGAGAAACCUUACAAAUGCAGUGAAUGUGACAAAUGCUUUACCCAAAAAUGCAGUCUUGAUAGUCAUCAGCGAAUUCAUACUGGAGAGAAACCCUACAAAUGCAGUGAAUGUGACAAAUGCUUUACUGUCAAAAGUCAUCUUAGAAUUCAUCAGAAAAUUCAUACAGGAGAGAAACCUUACAAGUGCAGUGAAUGUGACAAAUGCUUUACCCAAAAAUGCACUCUCUGUAGUCAUCAGAGAAUUCAUACAGGUGAGAAACCUUACAAA